AUGUCUAAUCCUUUUAUAUUUUUCCGUCAAAAAAUUCAAGAGGACAACGUUAAGAAACUCGCGAAAAAGUCUCCUAUAGCUCUUCCAAUUGUAUUACAAAAUCCACAGACAGCUAAAAUCGUCCUCUAUUCAAUCAAAAACAAUAAUGAAAUGCCCGCGCUAUUUUUUGAUUAG